AUCAGGUUAAAGUUGCCAUGUUGAUUAAACCUAAGAAGCUUGAUGCUGCUUUGGACCAGUUACGCAAAAGCAAGGUCGCAGAAGAGUGUUGUCCUGUUCGCGCUGCAAGCCGCCGCUACCACUGACAAUCUUAAGCCUCCACCUGAACUGACUCUUUGGAGCUCUUCUUGUUGAGCGCAACUACAUCAUCGUCCAACUUGAGUCCGGCUUGAUGACGAUGGCUGACACAGAGACCGAGGAGGUGCCCGACCUGCAGAGCCUGUUGGCGGCCAACGAGGCGACUUGUAUGGGAGAUGGGCAAGCCUGGGACGCGAACUGGCUGCCGGCGGCCGACGCGGUCGUGCAUUCGGGCAUGCAGGACUCCAACACCGCCGCGUCGAGGCUGCUGGUGUCGCCGGUCGCACCUUUUCAAAACCUGCCCACUAGAGUGAUGUCCGAGAGUAUUCACGGCGCGUACAGUGUCGGCGCUGACAGCAGUUUCGGGGUGCCGGUGGCGCAGGCGGCUCGUGCGGGUUCGGACGCAACGACGCUCGAUCGCCUUCCCCGCCUGCCUUCGGCGCUGCCCUCUCCCCAGCUGUCACCCCCGCAACAGCAGCAGCAGCUGGUCCAGCCGGACCCCGCGUCCAUCUGGUGUGGCCCUGCCGUCGCUUCGCCAGCUGUCGGCCCGAUGUCGGCAGGGCUUGCCCUGAACGCAGCCACGCUGACCGCCGCCGCCGCGGCGGCGGCGGCGGCGGCCGCGGCCGCUGCCUCCGUCGCCUUGCCGGCAUCAGUACUCGCGCCCACGGCCUCAACAGGCACGGAAGGCAGCAAUGGCGCUGCGGGUGCCAGCGCCGACGGCAUGUCGGCGACGGCGGCAGGCGGCAGGCGUGCCACGUCAGGCGCGUCGUCGUCGGCAGCUCAGCCUGUGAGCCACUCAUCGGUGGAGAAGCAACGACGCGACCGACUGAACGAGCUAAUCGACCAACUAGGAGAGCUGGCACCGCCGCCGCCAGGCACCCUGGAUAGCGGCGCCAAGCGGGCCAAGCACGUGAUCCUCGCGGACGCUGCCACCACCCUUCGCCGCCUGCACCUCGACAACCAGACCCUGCGGACCCAUCUUGCCAGCGCCUCACGCAUGUUGGCGUCCGCCGCGGCCGCCGUCAGCGCCGCCGCCGUGACCGCCCCAGCCGCCGCACCACCGGGCGGUGGCGCCGCCGCCGCCGCCAUGGCACCCACCGGCGUCCGUGCCAGCCCUUUCGGCAUGCCGCGGAGCGGCAGCGGCAGCGACGGCACACCUGUGACGAUGGCGAUGGCAGCGGCUGGCGGCGCCGCCGCAGCCGUCACGGGCGUGGCGACCCAGAGGGCGGUGUCGGGUCAGAUGCCGCCAGUGGCACUGUCCGCACCCAUGACGUAUCACAGCGCGCCGGAGUCUCCGGGGCCCUCGUAUGCGGCCUCGUACGCACCCGGGCCGCCGCCGGCACUGCAGCCACAGCCGCUGGUGGUGCCUCCCCCGCAUCAGCAGCAGCAGCAGCAGCAGCAGCAGCAGCAGCAGCCGUCGGCACGAACCUCACCGUACACGUCUCCUCCCGCCAACGCACCCGCCAUGGCGCCGCCAGCGCUUGGCGCCGCCGGCGCCGCGGCCGCUGGCACGGCCGCUGCACCCGCGCCCAACUGGCUUGUGCGGGUGGUGUGCCCACCGCAUCCAAACUUGGUGGCGGUGGCGACGGCGGCGCUGACGGGCGCCGGGCCUUCGGGCGCCGUGGAACUGAAGGGCGUGCGGCUGGUGCCGCAGGCGGCAGGCAGCGGCGCUGGGGCCGCAGCUGCGCAGCCUGUGGUGGCUCUGGAGAUGACUGUCAGCUGCGAGGCGGCACUGCUGCCCGGCAUCCAGCAGCGCAUCACAUCCUCCGUCCACGCGCUGGGAGCAGCCAGCAACGCCAGCAGCGGCAGUAGCAGCAGCUGCAGCCAUGACCUGGCCGCGCAGCAGCAGCAGCAGCAGCAGCAGCAGCAGCCGGCGGUGCCGCAUCUGCCCCCGCAGCAGCAGCAGCUGCAGCAGCAGCAGCUGCAGCAGCAGCAGCCGGUGCCCAUGCAGUUGCAGAUGCAGGCGCCGAUGCAGACCGCCAUGCAACAGCAGGUGCAGCGGCAUACCAUGCAGAUGCAACAGAUGCAGAUCCAACAGCAGCAGCAGCAGCAGCAGCAGCAGCAGCUCAUGCCGCCGCCUGCGCUGCAGCCGUACCGUGGCCAGCCGCAGCCCGCAGUCAGCAGCCACGCCGGUACAUCAACUGACAGCAGCACGGGCGGGCCCGUUUCCUCCGCCGCCGCUUCCGUCGCUGCCUUUGCUGACGUGAGCGCUGGCUCGGCCCCUGGCGGCGCCGAUGCCGUGAUGGCGCCUGCUGCUGCAGCGGGUGCUACAGCCGAGGUGGAUGAUGCUACAGCCAUGAUGUUGGCGACGCUCACCUCGAAUGACAUGUUUGAUGUGGCGGCAAUGGAGGCUUCUGGCGACAUGGCUACGCUGCGCCUGUGAGCCGUGCGGUGAGCCUUGGAACGGCAGGCGAGCUAGCUAGCCAUGCAGGUCGCUAGCCAUGCAGGCAAGCAUGGAAGGCAGGCAGGCUAGCUGGUAAGGCUAGCUGGCGAGCCAGGAAAGAAGGGAGUACGGAAAGGACAGAAGGCAGAAAAAAGGAAGAGGGCAGGUGGGCAGACUGGCAGGCAGGGUGGCGGUGGGCACACUGGCAGGCAGGCAGGCAAGAAGGGUGGUGUGGCGGCGGUUGCGGGGUCGACGGAAACGAGGGGCUCAGAAAGCAAUGAGUGUCAUGCUGAGUCUACAUAAGCUACAUAUGGUCUAGGCGAUCGUGAAUGGAAGAUCACACACACGUUAGAAGUACACCAUCGCGAAUGGGAAUCAAACACAAGUUACUGAAGCGUGUGGGGCUAAGGUCGUAUCUUUGCGCCGCGCACAUCAAUGGAACAAACGGCGUGGCAGAUGUGUACCGAUGGCUGUCUUAUCUGGGACCCAUGGGUUUGUUUGGGUGUCGUGAUGCGCUUAGCGCAUCGUUUGCUCGCAGUCUAGUGCAUGCGAGCGGGUCCGCGUGCAGGCGUUGGCACGGUGCGUAGGCGCAUGUCAGUGGUGAGACAAACUCAGCUCAGAGACACGUGGAAGCCCCAGGCAAAGUGCGCUUGCACAGCGGGCCAGCGUCCUCACCUCACAGUAGCGCGUGGAUAUUGCGGCGGGCGGGAUCAUCAAUGGUUGCGCAUUUCAAACGGACGUAGGCAUGGGUUGUGAGUUGGUCUGCGCGCGCAUAAUGCACGCAUGUGCACUCUGCGUACGUAUGGGCGUGCAACAAGGGGAUCAUAUGGGGGCAGGUGAUUGGGCCGCAAGGCGUUAUGUUUUUGAGGUUCUCAAGGUCACAAGCAUAUUGUGUUGUAUCCCAGUUGUCAGCUUUUGCUUUGGACGGACGUAUGUGUUGGGUUGCGUAGAUUGGACCUGCUGGUCCCGCGCGGCGUGCUAAGUCCUUGUCGUCGGCGCUUGCGAUGGACCCAUUCAGACAAAGAGUUUUAGGGCGAAUGAGUGAUAUUAAUGGCUGUGGGCCGCCGUUCGUGCUGGCGUGGCAUCGUGUCUUUCGUCAAUGCCUGUGUCCACAUGAUCAGAGCUAGCACAUGCUGCCUUGCAAGCAUAUGUGUGCUGCUUUUGAUUGCCGCUGCGAGGCUCAGGUGGGGCCGGCCUCUGGAUUGCGGCGUGCUGUGCUGUGCUAUGCUGUUCUUUGCUGUAUGGUAACCUGGAUAUCACCGAACCUGGGUGGUAGAAUGGUGGGGGCGCACGAUGUGGUGUGCCAACAUGCAUGUUUAUUUUUUUGAUGCGUAAAGCAGGCUAGCUAGCUCAAGAUAUUUUUAUGUUGUGGCUGUUUUUCCUGGGGGCAGCAGCCCGUUUUCCUUUUCAGCCGGGACUAGCUAGACGCUACCAGGUAAUGAAGAGAGAUGCGAGCAGCACAGUCGACAGGGCUUGCGUGCGUGUCAGUGUGUAUAUGUGUGUGUGCGUGUGCGUGUGCGUGCGUGUGUGCACUAUAACGACGGGUCCAUGCGUUAGAGCAUGCGUUAGCAUGCGUGCCGCAUGGCCCAAACGCAUGCUUAACGCGUGAAAAGCAUGUGCUGUACGCAUGCGGUGCCCGCCCAUACGCAUGCGUGCGCUACCAGAGCGUGCGUUACCUAACGCAUGCUGGUGUUGGCUAGCGGCCGCAGCGACUCUUUCUGGAUGUACGCAUGCGUCCCGAACGCAUGCCAUACGCAUGCUUGAAGCACAUAUGCCGGUUGCGUGAAGUACUACGCAUGCCAUGGCGCAUGCGGGACGCAUGUGCGUUACCUAACGCAAGCAGCUGCCCCCAACUGCACGCUUCCCACCCGCAUGCAUGCACGCACACGUGGGGCACACGAAGCCAAUUCCC